UGUAAUAAAGAAAAAAUGCGAUGAUAUGGGAGGGUAUGCUAAAUAAAAGAUCAUUGUAAGAUACAAUAUGCACACUCGCGUCACAAUUGUGGCAAGAGUGCAUGCGCGUUAUAAAAUGCACUAAACCAAUCCGAGUCAACAUGCGCGAAAUGAACAAGAACUUGUACGACGAUACGAUUCCUUCGAAUUCAACUUAUAUCUUUCCGUGGCGCUUCAACAGUUGAUAAUAUGUGUGAAGUUAGCUGCUAGCAGUCUACCUGUAAUUACAUGGAAAGCAAGUAAAGAAUAAUCAUAAUUUCUGUACGCAAGAUUGUUUACAAUUAAGGAAAUCAUCACUUGCAUUGGGAACGUCUAAUAUUUUUGUCUUCAUCGAACAAUUUUUGGGAUGUAUUUGACAAUAACCGAUGAAUAGGUUAUUGUAUUUCAUUUACAUUCCCAGUACAAAGUUGCAUUAUGUUUGUGAUUCAUCAAACGGUGUAGAAUAACCUCGAUAUGAUAUUUGACAUUUGACCACGUAUUUGACGGCAGAUCCACUAAUUUACCAACAAUUUGAAGCAAGUUAGAGGAAUAAAUUAAUUUGUGACCAAUUUUAAGUUUAAUAUUAUCAAUUCAAGAUGAAGAAGAAGGUACUGUUAAUGGGUAAAAGUGGCUCAGGGAAAACGAGUAUGAGGAGCAUAAUUUUUGCUAAUUAUAUUGCUCGUGAUACUCGUCGCCUUGGAGCAACAAUUGAUGUAGAACACAGUCAUGUUAGAUUUCUUGGUAACUUGGUGCUAAAUCUUUGGGACUGUGGUGGUCAAGAAGCAUUUAUGGAAAAUUACUUUGCAUCACAGCGUGACAAUAUAUUUAGGAACGUAGAAGUUUUGAUUUAUGUUUUCGAUGUAGAAUCAAGAGAAUUAGAUAAAGAUAUGCAUUAUUAUCAAAGUUGCUUAGAAGCGAUAUUGCAGAACAGUCCAGAAGCAAAAAUAUUCUGCUUAGUACAUAAAAUGGAUUUAGUACAAGAAGAUCAACGAGAUAUUAUAUUUAGAGAAAGAGAAGAAGAUUUAAAAAGACUUAGUUUGCCACUUGAAUGUACUUGUUUUAGAACUAGUAUAUGGGAUGAAACAUUGUAUAGGGCCUGGUCUUCAAUUGUAUAUAUGCUGAUUCCUAAUGUAAAAGAGCUUGAACAAAGUUUGAAGCAGUUCACAAACAUUAUAGAUGCAGAUGAAGUACUCUUGUUUGAAAGAGCAACAUUUCUAGUGAUUAGUUACUGUCAGAGGCAACAUCAUAGAGAUGUACAUCGAUUUGAGAAAGUUUCCAACAUAAUAAAACAAUUUAAAUUAAGUUGCAGCAAACUAGCAGCUCAGUUUCAAAGUAUGGAAGUUAGAAAUACGAAUUUCGCAGCCUUCAUCGAUGUAUUUACGUCAAAUACAUACGUAAUGGUUAUUAUGUCGGAUCCAGCUAUUCCAUCAGCAGCAACAUUAAUUAAUAUUCGCAAUGCACGAAAACAUUUUGAGAAACUAGAGCGUGCUAGUCAAAGCUCAGCAUUAAGUAGAUAGAAAUCAGCUCGACCCAGGCGCGUUGUCACCCGGGUCCAAGCUAUUAAUCAUUAUUGAAUUAAACAAUUUCACUUAAAAAGGAAAACCGGCAGAUUGAAAGUGCAGUUGCAUGAAAACUUUCGUUUCCUACUAAUCAAAGUGAAUUAAUUAUUUUACUAAUGAAUUAAUAAUUUCAAUAUACUGUUCUUGACAAGACCAUUGAUAAUAGUACAAGAUCCUUAAGAAAGAUUCGUAUGAUUUCCCAGGAGAGAAAUUUUCAUUCUUCGUGGUUUUUUAAACGAAUGCAUACGCAAAGUUUGUUGAUAAGUAUGUACGCUAAUGGUGAACAACAGAAAUAAAUUUCCGCUAACAUGAAAUUGUGCGCCAUUGAUAUUGUACUGGGUGAACAUGUAUCAUUGUUUGCUCAUGAUUAAUACUC